AUGCCCCCGAAAGGUGACUCACACUACACGCAAGAAUAUCUGGUCAUAGUCUCAUACAAUGUUGGUGCCCUCAACAUCCGAGAGAAACAUACCCACCCACUAAUGGACUUAAAAAGAUUCCGAACUGCGAUCGCAUUUAUUCAAGAGACACACUUCCAAGAAGGCA